AUGAUAUUUUCUGUGAUUUUUAUUUUUUGUACUCUGGUUGAGUUAGCUAUUGUUUGUCAAUUGAACAGAUGGGAGCGUGAGCGACAGAUCGGUUCGAAGGUGCUUGGUCACUGGCUCAACCAAAUACGGAAAACUCGGCGAAACGAGAAUCGCUCAAAUGGUGAGGGGGUCCGGCGACGGGUUCCGUUGAAUUCUGCACAUUCACCAUCAAAUGACUCACCUGCGCAUAAUACCGUAAUCACUAAACAGACGGCCAACUCCAUCAUUCAUCAACGCAAACCCAUGGAUCAGGUCAGUUUCUUCGCAACUCCAUUGACUGUUGUUCCUUUUAUGCUUGUGAGGGUGUGUCUAAAGGCCGUUUUGUAUUAA